AUGUCAGCAUAUUAUGACGGUGCAGGAACGGAUCGAUCAAUUACAUUUAACUAUCUUCAGUGUGUUUUAAUUUAUACAAUCGUCGAAUACAACAAUACAUUAGGAAGGGAAAUCUUAGCAACUGCUUUUAACUUUACAUCAUCUGCUAUCGCUGGUAAUCUCUAUCAGGCACCUCCUUACGGAAGCCGUCUAAUGAAUCUAGGAAGUAUCAUUUUUUCAGCUAACAAUCAAACAGGUGAAUAUCACUUUUCUUCAAGCACAACUACCUUGACAAGUCCGCUUGAAGCUAAAAUCGAUGUAACAGUCAACUUUAAUAACAAAAAUCAAGAACAUUUGAAUUACAAUGACCAGAAUGAGCUCGUCGGCUUCUUUCUUAGUGACGCAAAUAAUCAACAUGCAAUUCAAUCACGUUAUCAGAAAAACUAUGGAAGUAUUUUUGACGGACCUGUUUUACAAGGCUCUAUUAUUGAUCUCGAAUACACCCAGGUUACUAAUUGUGUUGGAUAUUGUGUAAACUCAAAUUAUAUUGAAAAUUUGAUCGGAAAUAUCCAGGGUUUAGACGAAAAUGAUCCAGCUGCUUGUUUUUAUGUUCCCUACACUCACUUCUUUAAUGAACCCGCUUUGUCAAACGAUUCUGACUAG